UUGGUAACCACACAUCCGAAUCAGGCGUGGUCUCAAGUCCUCAUGGCUGUGAUUAAAUAUCUGGUUCCAAAACAGAUUAUCCAUGUCUAAGCCUUUCUCCACGUUAUUCUCCAAUGAACCAUUCUGCGUAAAGAGUCUCUGUGAAUAAAUAUCUGUUGUGUAAAAGUAUUUGGUUUGCCACCUAGCAGCGGCCGGUGACUGGGAGAGAGAGAGAGAGGGGGCGAGAAAGGAAGAAAAAAAGAGAGGAACAUCUGGGGGCAGCUCCAGUUGUACUUCUUUAACCACACCCACAGGCGCAUUUCUCAACACUGCGCUCCUCUACCUGUCGAGAGUGACCAAAUCUGUGCGUUAAAGGACUAAAACGACGUUAAAAGCAUCAAAAAAACCCAUCGGAAAUACAUCUUUUAACUUAAAAUGGACUAAAACGUCUUCUGGUUUCAGGAAAAGCUACAACCAGCAAGAGAAGAAUUCCAGAGAGGGGAUAUUUGACUGCCAGCCAAGGACAUGGAUUGGAAGACCUUCCAAGCGCUCCUCAGUGGGGUGAACAAGUACUCCACGGCGUUUGGGCGUAUAUGGCUCUCAGUGGUGUUUGUGUUUAGGGUGAUGGUGUAUGUGGUGGCAGCUGAGCGAGUGUGGGGCGACGAGCAAAAGGACUUUGAUUGCAACACCAAGCAGCCCGGCUGCGCCAACGUAUGCUACGACCACUUCUUCCCCAUCUCCCACAUCCGCCUGUGGGCUCUGCAGCUGAUCUUCAUCACCUGCCCGUCCUUCAUGGUGGUCAUGCACGUGGCCUACCGUGAUGACCGUGAGCGCAAGCACAGGGCCAAGCAUGGUGACACUGCCAAGCUGUAUAAUAACACGGGCAAGAAACACGGUGGCUUGUGGUGGACCUACCUGAUCAGCCUCUUUGUAAAGACGGGCAUCGAGGUUGCCUUCCUUUACAUUCUCCACCACGUGUACGACAGCUUUUACCUGCCAAGACUGGUCAAGUGUGACGUGUCACCUUGCCCCAACACGGUGGACUGCUACAUCGGCCACCCCACCGAGAAGAAGGUCUUCACCUACUUCAUGGUCGGUGCCUCGGCACUCUGCAUCGUCCUCAACAUCUGCGAGAUCAUUUAUCUCAUCUCCAAGCGAAUUGUACGAAUCAUAAACAAGUUUAAGAGGCGAAAUCGCAACAUGGCUGUGCAUCAUGACGACUACAUUGACGACAUGUUCCAUAACUGUAACAUGCCUACGACGAGGUUGGACCUGAAGGAUAAACCUCCAUCCUUCAAGACCGCAAACAAGUCUUCUCACAGAGUAUCUGCUCUCAAACUUGAGAAGAAGAUACGAGCCUCUGCUCCUGAUCUUUCUUGCUGAUCAAAACUAAAGCAGAAAUCAGGCUGAAGAUCAAAAGAUCAGCAGUGCUUGGGCUGGAACUCAAUAGCAGACCUCAGAAAACAGAAGGACUCAGAACUGUGAGCCAAACUACAGUAUGUGUCAGAGAAGUUGAGUCAUUCAGUAUUUCAUCCUGUGGGCCCCCACAAUGAAUGCCGGAACUAUGGUUUCCACGUCAACAUCCACAAUAUUUACAAGUCAGCUAGAGCUAAAUUGAUUUGUUGAUCAUACGUGUGGUUCCUUAUUUGAUAACAAUAAAGGUCAUUGUACCUUUUCAGCUACACCACUUCGCUCAUAUUAGAACAUUCCA